GCGCAGCAAAGUUACCGUCCUCUUCUGUCGACAUGUCGGAUAACUGUGAGCAAUAAUAUGGAGUUGUGGUUCCUAAUAGUCCACGAUGUGACACAAAUACUUUGAUGAAUGCUAAGCACAUCAUUUUUGGGGAGGAGGUCUAACUCAGUUAUUGCAUUGCUCAAUUAUUAUUCUCUUGCUUUAUUUUCUUUGUACAGUGGUUCAAUUAAGAUCAACGACAUGCUGAAAUCAGCUGUAACAAGUUUACUUUUGAGGUGCCAGACAAUGGUUCUUCAAACAUCUCCCGUCAUGGCAUGCGAAAGAUGGCUUCAUGACGACAGUAGGCAUGGAUCCAAAUCAGAGCCUCCUGGAAACAGAAGCAUGAACAAAGCACCAUGCACUUUAACUGAGGAUGCUGAGCAGGAUGUUUUGCAGAGAGCUAGAAUCUUGAAGGGACUGGGACAGUCAGAGAUUUCAGUUGACUUGCUGAUGAUGGUGGACUCAAAACCAGCAGAGAAAGUUGGCCGUCUCCUGGCAGAGAGAAAGAAAAUGAUCAAGUUCCUCUGUAAAGUGCUGGGCUGCUCUGAACCCGAGCUGGAGGCUCUAAAACAAAAGAACAAACAUCUGAAGAAAGUUUACUCACGCAGCGUAAAGGACCUGGAGGAAAAAGUGAGGUUUCUGCAACAAUAUUCCAUUAGCAACAGAGACUUGAGGGAUGCACCAGAGAUACUAAACACCAGAAUGUCAGUACUUGAAGCCCGCAUGGUCAUGCUUCAUAAAUUGAAGGAAGAAGGAAAGCUUCACUUUGAGAAGUGGCCGUUGAAUACAAUAGCUGCUACACAAAGCAUUUUUAAUUCUCGAGUUAAGCAAGCCUUAGAGAAUCAGCGUGAGAUAGAUGGUUCAGCUUUAAGUUACGCUUCUAUUGCCAAGUGCUUAGGUGUGACAGAGAAGGACAUUUGCGAUGUAAGCAUCAACAUCCCGAACCGGUUUCCCUCCGUAGCAUACAAUAAAAUCAGGUACCUUCUCGACCAAGGCCUGCAUCGCCAUGACAUCUUGAACCAUAUCUAUGUCCUAAAGCACCCCAUGAGCAAACUUAAAGUGGCCUUCAAAAGAUGUCAUGAGAUAGGCUUUACCCAGCCACCCAUCAACAUGGUCCUGAGUUUCAUUCGCUCUGCCCGGUUGCCCCAGUCUUCUGGUUCUAUAGCCCGCAAUCACUGGUAUCUCUGCACUCUUCUUGGUGUGACAAAAUCCCAGCUUCCACACAAGGAGUCAUGCAGACCUGUGUGGUCAGCUGACAGACUGGUCAUCAAGCGUAAUUAUGACUUUUUAACAUCUAACGGCUUUGGAAAGGAGGAUAUUCUAAGUUGCAUCACUAUUCUGGCUCAUGAUAGUAACAUCCUUCAGGAGUAUUAUCAAAAGCUGUGGCAACGACCUGAUGUAAAACCUUUUGCAGGGCUUGAGGUAUGGCAAGUCAGGAAACGUGUGCUAAACCUCUUGCAAUAUGUGCUGGAGAAGGACAUGAACUUUCACUCUGUGGCAUUUAAUGCAUAUGUUGAGCUUGGUGAUGAAGGACACAUAAAAGAUGGCAUUAGUGAGAUUGAAACAGAUCAUGUUUAAAUGAGCAUUUCUUUGUUUAAUGCUUAGCUGAAUCAUGGUGACAAGCAGAGGUGUCUUAAAAUGAUGUUGAUGCUUUAAGUUUUUUUUAAUACUCAAUAAUAUUUGAUCCUGUAUGGCAGAGAACGAUUGCAUUCCAAAGCUGACUCAUUUCUUCACAAGAUCUGACCCUUUAGAUUCCUUAGAAGCAAUCAAACCCUGAUUUGUUUUAACUAAAUCUCAUGCAGGUAAAAAAGGAGUUCCCUUAGCAAGAGGAAGCAUAUCUGCAUAUUUAACUUAGAAGAACUCAAGAAGCCUUUAAAAUUUUUAAGUGUGAAGUUUAAGGCUGUCUGUUAAGCACAGCAUAGGAUAUUAUACACCUGUAAAUAAAAUUUAAAAAAGCAGCUUUCUCAGAUGAUGCAGCUUAAAAAUCUCAGAAUGAGACAGUGAUGUCUAGGCAUUAAGAUAUGCUCCAGGAACAAAGCAUGCUUCUGAAAUGUUUUCAUAAGUAUUAAUUAUUAAUGUUAUUUCUCGGUUCAUGGAUUCUAAACAUUUUUCCAGAGGCACAUUUUUAAUUAGAACUGGUCCUUUCUUCUGUUUUCAUUUGUGUGCAUGUGUUUUUUGUCCCUGUCCAUGUUAGAUCAGUGCCUAAAAUUUUUAAUGUCAAUGGUAUUACUUUGCUACGCUGGAUUUCUGCACCCUAUAAUAAGUUUGGUUUGCUUUUGUCUGAUUUACUCUGUUAUCUAUUUGAGCUUUUAUUUCUUUACUCAAUCUUGAGGGGCCUGCUGACACUAUGGUUUUGUUUUGUUUCUCCUUUGGAAUUAUUGUAACUGGGAAACUUAGCUGGGGGUGGAGGUGGAUCUGUUUGUGCCUCUAAGUCCUACUGACAUCUUCAGUGGAAAUGUUGUGGCCUGAGCAGGUCACCUAUCUACGGAGAAAUUGACACUUAUUCAGCGCAGUCUCCAUGAUAGUCCCAGAAGUUAAUCCAUAUGCUGUACAGUAGGUUUAUGUCGAACUUACAUCAAAAGGUCGUCCACGUCCACGAAAAGAAGCUCCCGUGGGCCCGGCUUCUCGUGCCGGGGGUAAACACCCAACCUCUCUCCUUGUGUAGUGAGGAUGAGGUGAGAAGAGAUUGCGUGAAAAAGAAUGUUGAGGGGGCCUGAUCCCGUUUUCUUGCAGUGGAGGGCGCAGAGCCGGCUCACCCGCUCUCGUCCUUUUCGCAAUAGCGAACGGUUUAAAAAAUAUACAAACUUUUCUGCUGUCAAACAUCUGCUCUAUGGACAAUUUCUUGUCCAGUGAUGCAAAUCAGAAAGCGUCUGAGGCCCUGCGCCGAUGGGACGGAAAACAGUUUGUCAUGAUCAAAGCAUGAUUGAUUGGAAAACAAAUUGACAGUAAAAUUACAGCUGGCCCAUCUGCACCUUAGCUUUUGUGUGUGUGUGUUGUCGCAACUCAUAUCGCUACCCGUUAUCUCUGCCUCAAAGCAUUAAAGGUACGCGUGUGGCAAAACAUUCCAGACACUGGUCCAGAGGAAGAAAUAGAACUGCUGCCGAACUUACAUUCU